AUGAACUGCCCUUCUAGAACCGAUGAUGACGUCCUUUGGCAUCCAGGAUGGAAUCAGAGUCCGCCACGCUUCGCUGCUGAUUUGACGACUUGCGAGGAUCUGAACGGCAUCGCAAAUGCAAGAGAAUUAGGAGAAGCAGAUCGACUGCGCAGCGGUACGCAGAGUCUCCGGCGCUGUGGAAUCGAUGAAUCCAAUGCUCAAGAGAUGGAGAAGAGAAAGCCACCCAACAUGGGCGAGGGUGUCAAAGGGUCCCCAAAAGGACCUUGCACCCGAACAACCGCAAAUGUGAGCGAGUACCAAGGUGGCCUCACCGCCACUAUUAUCAGCUGGUCCAAGUGGCUAGUAUCAGUACUCUGUACUUCGUUUUUGAUUUCCUGGGCUAGCGGCAACUUGUCUGCGCCUAAGUUUUUCUUGCCAAAAGAUCCAUCGUUCCAGCGUCUACCCAGACGAAGUACCUGCGAAGAUGGCAAAGCGCAACCCAACUACGAUCUGGGCCUACAUGUCGCUGGCCUUUUUAUCAUUCUUUUCGUUUCCGGCACCGGAUGUGCCUUCCCAAUGCUCGUACUCAAAUUCCCACGGCUGCGCAUUCCACCUGCAUUCCUUUUCGGCGCAAAGCAUUUCGGCACCGGUGUUCUAGUCGCGACCGCAUUCGUCCAUUUACUCCCUACCGCUUUUGGUUCACUGAACGACCCAUGUCUGUCAAGUUUUUGGACGACCGACUAUCAGGCCAUGCCAGGCGCCAUCAUGCUAGCUAGCGUUUUCUUCGUCACAUUAAUCGAAAUGAUCUUCUCUCCAGCCCAACAUGUCUGCGGCGGUAACGAGGGUGCAGAUGCUGUUUCUCGCCGCAAGGAAGAGCCAAAGACCGAGACUACUGAAUCGCCAGCUCCACCGCAACCAGCAAUGCAGAGAACGUACUCGGAAUCUAGCAUGCGAGUCCGCGAUCUAGGUGUCUUGCGUGGAAGGGUCGGAAGUAUCAGUAGAACACUCUCCCGAUACCGCGAAGAUGGCCAGAGACUUGAUGCGAUUGAAUCCGUGGGCGGGUCUGAAGUGGAAACUCCUGGCGCCCAUGGUAAAGAAGAAAGUGACGAGUAUGCUAUCGAACAGGAUCAGGAAACUGGAGAGCACAAUCAUGUGCUGACACCAGAGCAAAUCCACAAGAAAGCUAUCAUGCAAGUUUUCCUCCUGGAGAUGGGUAUCCUGUUUCACAGCAUCUUCAUUGGAAUGUCGCUCGCCGUUUCCGUGGGUAACGACUUUACUGUGCUGCUGAUUGCCAUUGUCUUUCAUCAAACUUUCGAAGGCCUUGCGCUCGGUGUACGUAUCGCCGAUAUAAACUGGAAACCACGCGCUGCACAGCCUUGGCUCAUGGCUCUCGCAUAUGGUUGCACCACACCUGGCGGUAUGGCAAUCGGUAUAGCAACCCACACCUUGUACUCGCCCGACUCUGAAAUCGGCCUCCUCGUCGUCGGCAUCAUGAAUGCUAUCUCCGCGGGUUUCCUCGUCUUCGCUUCGCUUGUGGAACUUAUGUCGGAGGAUUUCUUGAGCGAUGAGAGUUGGAAGGUGCUUAAGGGAAAGCGCAGGGUGUAUGCUUGUUUGCUUGUGUUCCUGGGGGCUUUCUUGAUGAGUUUGGUGGGGGCUUGGGCGUAA